UGCGCGCUAUGACCUCGACUCCCAGCCCGGGCGUGGGUGGGGAGCCAUCGGUGUCGAGGGAUUGGCGCCGCAAUUCUUCCGGGUGGGUGUCACUGGGUACAUCAGUGGCGAUGGCCAUCUCGGCGCAAAGCUUGAGGGAAGCUACGACUUCCUGUUUACCCAGAAGCUCAUUCUUCAACCGCAGUUCGAGAUGAAUUUCUACACGAAGGACGACCCGAUGCGAGGUGUCGGGGCGGGGCUCUCUGAACUCGAUGUAGGGUUGAGACUCCGCUACGAGAUCACGCGCCAGUUCGCUCCCUAUAUAGGCGUGACCUAUCUCGGAAAGUUCGGGAACACCGCCAACUACGUCCUGCAAUCUGGCGGCAAUCCGAAUGAGCAAAGGACCUGUGAGCUCCGGAGGACGGAAAUGCUCCUGAGCAGGGUGAAGGCUGUCAGGAUGGCAGUCCUAGCCGAAGGAGAUCCAGGCACGACAGACCGUCAGACCCCAAGCAAGGAGGACUAUCGAUGA